AAUCAGCUGCUUGGUGGAAGCUGGAAUUUCAGUACUGAGAAGAUGGCGAGAAGCGUGCAGGGGCUGAGGAGAGCUAUAGCCGAGUGUGUUAGCGAUUUACCGGCCGCUGCCAGCCGUGAGAAGAGCUCCAGGAAUGCAGUUAGGCACCUGUCUUCGUGCGGUCUCUUGAUGACCAGAGCCUCCAUCCUGCUCCCCGUGUCGACGUCCAACCCCGUCCUCAUCACACCAGCCAGGAGCUUCCUGAACCUUGCUGCUCCGUUCAUCAACAAGCGGAAAGAGUACUCCGAGAGACGCAUCAUAGGGUAUUCCAUGCUGGAGAUGUAUGAUGUGGUGGCGGGAGUGGAAGACUACAAGCAGUUUGUGCCGUGGUGUAAGAAGUCCGAAGUGGUGUUGCGCCGGUCGGGGUACUGCAAGGCACACCUGGAGGUGGGGUUCUCCCCCGUGAAGGAGAAGUACACCUCCCUCGUCACCUUGGUGCGCCCGCACCUGGUCAAGGCUUCCUGCACGGACGGGAAGCUGUUCAAUCACCUGGAGACAGUGUGGAGAUUCAGCCCGGGGAUCCCGGGCUAUCCCAGAACCUGCACACUCGACUUUUCUAUCUCGUUUGAGUUCCGCUCGCUGCUGCACUCCCAGCUGGCAACGGUGUUCUUCGACGAGGUGGUGAAGCAGAUGGUGGCGGCCUUCGAGAGGCGCGCCGGGAAGGUGUACGGGCCGGAGACGAGGAUCCCACAGGAGUUCAUGUUUCAUGAAGUGCACCACACGUAACGAGAGGGGAGAGUGGAUGGAAUGGAUGUGGGGGUGGGGGUGGGGGGAGGACCACAGCUACUUACUGACAACACUCAAACUAAACUAUUACCCACUGCUUGUCCUAAUCCACAAGGGAAGGGGCUCGAUGGAGGCAGGUUCCAGUCUUGAUGGCCCUACCAGCUUUUGCCAGGGCAAUAUUUAGACUGAAAAAACAUGGAACUCUUCAAGAUAGAGUGGGUGUUUUUGGUAGGUUUGUCCAGUAUAACAGCUGAUUCAAGCUCUGGGUCUCCAGCAUCUAGUCUGUGAUUACUGUGGCACGCUGCCUCACACAGUUAGUCAAUGGCUGGGUAUGGGAUUUUAACCCAGCACCUCCAGUCUAGCAGUCCCCUCCUGGACCUGGAGUCUGAGCCAGUGACUGAGCUGUGGGCUCUGAACUCUGAUUGAGGGCUGUGAAGGAGUGUGAUCAAAGGGAACGCCACUGUUUGGAUCUGCUGCUGUACAGACACCUGUGAAGAAUCCUCAAGGGCAGAAGAGCUGAUCUGUACACUUGUCAAAAAUAUAAAAUAAAUGGGUGGGGCUAUGUUUGUUUGGGGUGGGGUAGGCACUGUUUUUACCUUUUAUGUAUUAUAUGCCACUGUAUAGAAAAAAAUACAUAUUUUUCUUGAAAUAUAUGUGAAAUAAUGUAGAUGUACAUAAAGAAAUAUAUUUUAGUAGAUAAAUUCAAGUGCAAUAUCUAAAAUUUUAUUUCUGGUGUGUGUGUAAAGUUGUUUGUCAGAGGUUGAAGUUGUAUAAAUAUUUAUUGGAAUUGAUUUGUGAUUCACUGUUGUAUUGCUAGAGGUGAUUUGACACUGUUUGUGCACUUGAUGCUCUGAAAUCAAGUUCAAACACAAUCAUUAUUUCAUUGGUUGGAUGGGUUCACGCACUCGCUACCUAAAACAACAAUGAAUGUGGUCUAUUCACUUUCUCUUAAUACUGUCUGUUUAAAUAGGAUGAAACAUAGAGACUUGCACACACUUAGUUUUCACAGCCCCCUUCUUCACCCUGUAUUUAUCAAAUCUUCCUACAUUAAUUUAGCAACUGUUGUCAAUAAGAAACUGAGAUAAUAAUAAAUCAUUUGAUUGUC